AAGACCCGAUUUUUGGCAAAUUUUAAGCGAUACUAAAUUUUCAUAAUUUAAUUUCAAGGUCAUUCCGGUCAUUCUGUUAGGAUACGAUUUCAAGGUCAUUUGAUGGUCCGAGUGGAGAGUGAAACAAUCGGUCAGUCAGAUUAAUAAGCGUUUCUUUUUUUGCCUCCUUGGUGUAUACAUGUAGUUUAUAUCUUAUUAUUUGCAUUAACCUUUAUUUUAAGAAUUCGACAUGCCCUUCAAUUACCCACUACUGAAAUCCAAACUAGAAUAUGCUAAUGGACGAGAGUGGACAUUCGAAAUGAUCCGGAAUUUUUACACUAUGAUCUUAACAGGUUAUUUGGAAUGUGCUCAUUUCCAUACCUAACCUAACCUAACCUAACCUAACUUAACCGAUAACCUCAACCUCACCUUCUAACCAAAUCUCAACCUCAGAGUUUAACUACUUUUCUGUGAGUAUUUUUCCUUCUAAGUAGCCAUAGAAAAAAGCUCGAGUCCAGCUAUGUCUGAGAGUCAGUUUUGGCUGCUUAAGUAAAUUCCUGACGGUGAGCUGACAAAAUGAGAACUUUUCGAAAGAAAAAUGACCUCAAGUCUAUAUCCUAAGAUAGAAAAUAUUUAAUCCAAAAGCUUUUGUCAGUCGAUGAACCAUAAUAAAAACUAAAGUUGAAAAACACGACUAAAUUCGGAUUUUACGGAUUCGGUUUAUUUUUUAAAAUCGAAAAACAAAAAACUUCGAUCGCUGACUGUGGCUCAACCAGAGAUUUUACAGAACUUUUGAAAAAGGUCUCUAUCCAAAUCUUCUAUCCAAAAUAGAUGUUAAUUUUGUGUUUGACGGAGGUCGAUUCUAGGGUUGACAUACCCCUUUCAAUCGAAGAUCGAAUAACCUCUAUUUGAGUGUUCGUCUUAUUUCAUCUCAUUUCGCUACUUAAUCGCAAUCGAUCACGUUCAUUGAAUUGACCGAACCAUAGAAACUCAACUCAUCUAGUGACAUCUAGAGUUCGUUUUGGUAACUGUUUCGAACGAAAAGUUUUUUCAAACUUUCCAUACUCUUAAUCUCUUAAUCUACCAAGUAGAUUCUACCUUAAAUUACCUGAGUCAACGAUUACAUCUUGAACUAGUCAUGAUAGAAUACAACCAUAUAUGGACUAUUAUGAUAUACAUUUAUCAUGAAUUCCAGUUCCUCAAAUUUAUGAAUACGUGAAGUUAGUGUUUUGAUAUAAAGAAUCAGUCAUUUGUAAUUCUUAUUAAUAAAAACGAUUUUCCUUUUACCUAAUCAAUUGAUUAUUAUUUCUCUUGUAUUCUCUUUAGAUUUAAUCAAAAUACGAUCAUUCACCCCAUAGAUAUACCUUAAGAUUAAUUAGAUUGUUACCUUGAUAUUAAUUAAGCUCCUUGUUAUUUGAUUAAUAGUAAAAGAGCCAAUCGAAAACUCAUCUUGUUAUUUUCUCUAUGUAAGGUUGAUGGAUUACCUUAAUUCGUCAACCAUGAACUGGAUUAAAUAUGUUCCUCUAAUUGUUGUUAUUUGUUGUCAAUUUCAAGGACAAUUAACAAUAACAAUCAAAAAAAACUAUUUUACCCUCAACGAUGUUACUCAAAAUUGGACAAUGUUAAUAAUAUUUCCCUUCAGCUGAUGAAUCUCAAUCAGAUAAUCUCAUCAGUACAAUAUAAACAAAGGUAAUUGGGUAAUGGUCAAUAAAUACAAUGAAUGAUUAUGUUUGUUUUCUGGACAAAGCUAUUUGAUAAUUGGCAAUUGAUUGUUGUCACAAUUACCUUGAUAAAAUAGAAAGAGUGACAAUUAAAUGUAAGUGAGACAAACAAUUGGAUUGAAAUUGUUUCCUCUUGAACGGAAAUAACGAAAUACACAAGUAUCAACAAUCGAGAGAUGAAUUAAAUUAAAUUAAAUGAUGAUAAACAUUUAAGUCUCAAUUGGUUAUCUCAACCAGAUAACCUGAUAAUAUAAUGCUAAUUGUCGUAUUCUGGUAAUAACAAUCUCAUUAUGAAAACUAUUAUCUAACCUAAUGAGGCUAACAAUUAACAAAAACACUGUUCUCUCUUUGAUCUUCUCAUUAUAGCAAUUAACUAACUAACACAAUGAUUUACAUGGGUGACCUUAAAUAGAGAGAGAUUUUGAUUAUUCUGUUGAUUUUUUUUCUUCUUUUGCUCAAUCAUUAUAUCAAUUUCGUUCCACCCAUUCAAUGUCAUAUUCAAACACUUUACAGACCAAUUUAAAGUCGCAAUACCAUUGAAAAGUCAACUGAAUUAAAUCAACUAACCAACUGAUUAGUACUUUUUGGUCAACUAACAAUAAUCAACUUGUUAGUUUGUCAUUGACUCUGAAAGCAUCAAGAUAACGACAAUCAAAUUAACCAAUAGUAAUAACAAACUUACCUAAUGAUGGACAAUCUUUAAUUUAAACUGUGCAAUUAAGUUGACAACUAAUUACAAUCGUCGCCAUCAAGUAUCAAUCCAACUUUAAUCUGUGUUGAAACAAUUAAUUGUUAAUCAAACAAAAUGUUACGACUUCAGAAUAAGAUGAAUUCAUUUCUAAUUGUUUUCACAUUUUGUUCAAUUUCCAGUGGACUUUUUUUCCUCCAGAGAUAUAUCCAAUUGUGUGUUAAUUCUGAUCGACCAAAUAUCCAGAGUAUGUGUUUACUUUGUGACUCCAAACAAUUUCGAACCAUGUCUUACAUCUGCACUGGUCAGUACACUGUACCUGCUAAUACAACACAGGAACAAGCAUUUUGCCUGAUAAGUACAUGCCUAAGGCAAGUCCCUGGUCAGCAAGGAGGAACCGCCGUUGGCCGUAAACGACGUGAACUAAUUGAAUCAAAUGAGCCAAUUAAAACUUACGAAAUUUCAAUUGAAAACAAUGAUGAAGAUGAUGACAAUUCCUAUUAAAUAAAUUUCAUCAACUUACAACAAUUAAAUCACCAGUAAUAAUCAAGAUCAUCAAUCAAAAACACCAAUUAAUUAGUAAUGUAAAUUAUAUCAUCAUGAAAAUCUAUGGAAACAAUUAACAACCAUUCACCUCCUUUAAUCCAAAUUUAAAGCUAAUUCUUAAUUGUAACAAUAAAGGUUAAAUUGUUAACAUUUAUUCACAAUCAAUAAAUGAAA